CUGCCUUGGCUGUCGAAGAGCUUGGCUUUGAGCGAUUUCAUGCAUUAAUUCAGUAAGUAACAUUGGAACAUUUAAAAUACUUACUCUGUGGACACAUUGCCACUUUAAGUCUGUUGAUACUGUGGAAAGGUUCUUAGUUUUACAUAGAAAUGCGCUACUUAAACAUAAAUUUUAAAUCCAUUGCUUCAGGAUUAAUUUGCCUUUAAAUUAAAAUAGUUUGUAAUGUAUAAACUAUGCUGAGUCCUUAAUUAACUAUCCAAAUACGCUUUUUAAAAACAUUAAAAAGCUUUUUCAUCAUUACAAUGAAAAAAAUCAUUUUAGCUUAAUGUUUCUGCGUCCUGAACAAAUAUAAAGAUUUCUAGUAGGAUAAAUAUUAGAAUUAUUUCUUACUUGCCAGUAUCUGUUUUCUAUACCUUUUAUUAAGAAUGCCGAUAUUUUUGUUAGAGCAUUUAAAGUUUUUAUUACGAAGUAAAAGGUAAAGAUGGCUGUUGAUAGAAUUACGGGUGGCAUUUGGUUUAAAAUGUAACAUUAAUUUCUUUUAAAAGAAGCCACAAAUGUGUAAGUUAUCUUUGGCAUUCAGAUAUUUGUUAAGUAAUUUCUAGGAUUUAAAAAGUGAAGUUUUCUUUGUGUUUACCCCCUCUUACAAGAAGGCCACUCUAUUCUUUAAAUAACUGUAUAUUAUUGAAGAAUUUACUGAUGCCAGACAGUUCACCUAAGAGAUGAAGAGGUUCCCUGCCAAAAAAAGAUCGUUCAGAAGUUUACCGGAAUUAAAAGAUGCUGUCUUGGACCAGUAUUCAAUGUGGGGAAAUAAAUUUGGAGUAUUGCUUUUUCUGUAUUCUGUAUUACUGACAAAGGGCAUUGAAAACAUAAAAAAUGAAAUUGAAGAUGCAAGUGAACCCUUGAUAGAUCCUGUAUAUGGACAUGGCAGCCAAAGUUUAAUUAAUCUCCUGCUGACGGGACAUGCUGUUUCUAAUGUAUGGGACGGUGAUAGAGAGUGCUCAGGAAUGAAACUUCUUGGUAUACAUGAACAAGCAGCUGUAGGAUUUUUAACACUAAUGGAAGCUUUAAGAUACUGUAAGGUUGGUUCUUACUUGAAAUCUCCAAAAUUCCCUAUUUGGAUUGUUGGCAGUGAGACUCACCUCACCGUAUUUUUUGCCAAGGAUAUGGCUUUAGUUGCCCCUGAAGCUCCUUCAGAACAAGCCAGAAGAGUUUUUCAAACCUACGACCCAGAAGAUAAUGGAUUCAUACCCGAUUCACUUCUGGAAGAUGUGAUGAAAGCAUUGGACCUUGUUUCAGAUCCUGAAUAUAUAAAUCUCAUGAAGAAUAAAUUAGAUCCAGAAGGAUUAGGAAUCAUAUUAUUGGGCCCAUUUCUUCAAGAAUUUUUUCCUGAUCAGGGCUCCAGUGGUCCAGAAUCUUUUACUGUCUACCACUACAAUGGAUUGAAGCAGUCAAAUUAUAAUGAAAAGGUCAUGUACGUAGAAGGGACUGCAGUUGUGAUGGGUUUUGAAGAUCCCAUGCUACAAACAGAUGACACUCCUAUUAAACGCUGUCUGCAAACCAAAUGGCCAUACAUUGAGUUACUCUGGACCACAGAUCGCUCUCCUUCACUAAAUUAAUUUGCCUAAGUAUUUAUAAGGAAGAUCUUAAUAACAGAUGUUGAAAGAGGGAGUCAAGCCUGGCAAUUGGCUGGAUUAAGCUAAACACUGGUAUCAUUGAUUAACUGUAAAUAACAAUUAAAAACACAUUUUCAGUGUUUAUGAUACGUUUAAAUUAUUUGUCCUAAAGCUUUAUGUUAAAGAUUAUCCUAUUUUAACCCUUUGUGUGAAAUUUACUAGCAAAAUUAAGCUUUAAUCAAAGUUCAUCACUUUUGCAUUCACAUACUUGGUCAUUUAUUUACCAAAUUACAAACGCAAUACUACAGCAUUUGUAUAUUAAGUAUCAGAGUUACUAUUUAUAAACUUCUACUUUUGGGUUUUAUUUCAUUGAGGCACAUUUUUUUAUUGUUUGAAUGAUUCCGGCUUGUAAUAUAUCAGCCUCUACAUUGAAAUGCAGAAGAGUUCAUUUGUUUUUCAUUAGAAAUACUGACAAAUAACACAUUGUCAACCUGGAUCCUUUGACAAUUUACUUAACUCUGGCAUGUUCACAAAAAGUAGAAACUCUUAAGAGACCAUUACCAUUUAUUCACAGAUGUAAAGGGGAUGUAUUCUCAAAACUGAUAGAAAAGAGAAUCUGAUAGUCAACACUGUUAACUUUUACUGUGUAAUUGCCAAAUACACUUUUCCAAAUUUGUCCCAGCAGCCCUGUAAGCCAGCUUUCUUCUAUAUUUAUAAACACGAUAAAUGCAUGAGAAUAUCUGUUAUUACAUUAGUAUAUUGCGUUAUUUAUUAUGAUCCUAGUUGAUGGCCUAAAUAAACACCUUUUUCUUUAACUGUA